AUGUCUUCUUCAGUCCCUUACGAUCCAUAUAUCCCAAACCAAAGUACUGGUGAUCAAUCCCAAUCCAGACAAGCAGCAAUUCAAGCACAAAUCGAUGAUACCGUUGGUAUUAUGAGAGAUAACAUUAAUAAAGUUGCUGAAAGAGGUGAAAGAUUAGAUACCAUAGAAAACAAAGCUGGUGAUUUACAAAUGGGUGCUCAAGGUUUUAAAAGAGGUGCCAAUAGAGUUAGAAAAGAUAUGUGGUGGAAAGAUAUGAAAAUGAGAUUAUGUUUAAUCUUAGGUGUAAUUAUUUUAUUAAUUGUUAUCAUUGUACCUAUUGUGGUUCAUUUCACUUAG